AUGAAACCCUAUCACUCAAGUGUACGUGUUCUCACGCCAUCAGUCGCAAUCAUCAACACUGCGACGAUAAAGUCACGAACACUGGAAGAAGUGGUGUGCUCUGUGAAUCCAGCGAAAUGCAAACCGCAGCUCUCUGUUGUUCCCGUAAAAAAGUCAAGAACGAGAUCCUCAGUGAAGCCUUAUGGCGGACCAUCGAGAGAGGAAUUCCAACGUUGGCAGACGUAUGAGGAAACCGCACAGGGUACCGGUUUUCUGCACGACAUGUCGGGAAACAAUCCCGUACCAUAUGGGCCGGGACUCGGAAACAUCGGCAUAUUUUCGAAUGUCGAUGUCAACUACGGAAUCGGCUCGUUCAAUUAUCAACGCGAUUUCGGGAUCUCGAUGGGCGGAAACGGUCGGAUUGGCGGAAUUCCGGUCGGCUGGGGCAAUGGCGGCACGAGAUCGCUGGGAUCGGCAUGGUGGAUGCAUGAAUAG